AUGCUUCUAGGUGUUGAAGUAUGUGCUGAAAUAAUUAUAGGUGAUAUUAUAAGAGGUCCUCUUGGUUCUCCAUGUGCACUAAAUACAAAACUAGGCUGGAUACUCUUUGGAAACAUUGCACAGCACAUAGCUUCAGAGGAAUUUGUGGUCACUCAUCAUCAUGUUGAUGUAGAAAAUAUGUUGAAGAAAAUGUGGGAAAUAGAAACUUCUGACAAAAAUGAAUACACUAAAGAAGAAAAAUUAUGUGAAGACUUAUACAAUUCAUCAUAUUAUAGAACAAAAGAUGGAAGAUACAUCGUACAAUUACCAAAGAAGACAGCAACUCUAUUAUCAACAGAAGGAGAAACACGAAAUAUAGCUAUGAAAAGAUUGCAGAUGUUAGAAAAGCGUUUUACCAAAGAUUUGAAAUUAAAGAAUGAAUAUAUCAAGGUUAUAAACGAAUAUUUAGAGAAUAAUCAUAUGGAAGAAGUCCCAAAUAAUGAAAUAAAUAAACCUUCCGUAUAUUUACCACAUCAUCCAGUUAUACGAGAAGACAAAGAAACGACAAAAGUUAGGAUUGUAUUUGACGCCUCGUGCAAGGGAACCAAUAAUGUUUCCAUUAAUGAUGAGUUGUUAGUAGGACCUCAAUUACAGGAACAUAUGCGGAAAAUUAUAAUCAGAUGGCGAUUAAAAAGAAUAUGUUUUGUCGCUGAUAUUCAACAAAUGUAUCGUCAAAUUUUAGUAACUCAAGAGGAUGCCGAUUUCCAAAGAUUACUUUCGCGUGAAAACUCGGAUGAACCCGUAAAGGACUAUCGCCUUCUUCGAGUAACGUUUGGAACUUCUUGUGCUCCUUAUUUGGCGGUAAAAACACUACAUCAAGUCGCCAAUGAUGAAGGUGAAUCCAAUCCUGAAGCUGCAAACAUUAUCAAACAUAACUUUUUUAUAGAUGACUUAAUGUCUGGUAGAGAUACAGUAGAAGAUUCUAUAAACAUAGCGAAAGAAAUAAAACAUAUUUUAGAAAAGGGUGGUUUCAAAUUGCAAAAGUGGGCUUCAAAUAGCGCUAAAUUCUUAAAUGAAUUUGAACUAUCAGAACGAAGUAGUCAUGUCAAUAUCAAUAUCAGGGUCGACGGAACAAUCCGAGCACUCGGUCUUGUCUGGAACAUGGGGAACGACCAAUUCCAAUACGAUUUUCAGUUGCCUCUUAGUCCUGAAACAAUAACAAAAGGACAAUCUUAG